AUGCAAGUCUCUCAUUCUAACGAACAAUGCACAAAGCCAAAGACUGUCUGCUUGUCUUUCACAGGUGGUAAGGACAGCACUUUGUCGCUACACAUCCUCUCACGCACACCGGCCCUGUACAAAAUCACGACUCUCGUAACAUUCACUCCAACGAACCCUACAACACCGUUUCUCUCUCAUCCUCAAUCGAUCAUAACGCUCCAAUCGCAUUGUCUAUCCUUUCCUCACGCCUUCUUUCCUACUUCCGCUCCAUAUCUAUCCUCCUAUCGGGAACAUAUAAAAUCUCUCGAUGUCGAUUAUUUUGCAACUGGUGACAUUCUUGAUGUAUGUAACAACUUUCUCGGUCGUGCAGCAGAGUCUACACGGACUGAAUUAUUAAGGCCUCUUUGGCAUCGCCCAAGAGAAGAAAUUAUGGAAGAAAUAUUCAAAUUGGGGUUUACGGUAAUAAUUACCUGUAUUGCAUUAGAGAAAGUGAACGAAGACAGAGCGAAAGAGCUUGUCGGAAAGGUAUUGGACAGGGAAUUGUAUGAAAAAUUGAAGAGUUUAGAUAACGUUGAUGCAUGUGGGGAGUUUGGAGAGUAUCACACUAUGGUUCUUGACGCGCCAUUAUUUCGAAAGAGGAUCGUUGUGACAAGUGGAAGUGUUACGAAAAGUGAAGACGAGAAGUUUCUCUAUUUUAAGUUCGAGGACUAUAGAGUUGAGAGUAAAGAGUAA